GCAUCCUGCAGACCGAGGCGACACUGACGUUGAAAAAUAGCAGUGUUCAAGAUCCAAUGCCUCGAUCAAAGAUGUCUAAGACCCCGAACCUUUAGCAUGCCCAUCUUACGAUAUCAGCGGUAGUAAAAAACCCGAAUUCAACAUGUCAACGAAUGGCAACGUGCCUCACGAUUCGCCAGACAAGACAAAGCAAUGGGAGGGAAAGCUCGCUACUUUGACGGUGAUAAAUGGCGCUCUACAGAAUGAGAACGAGACCCUGCGACAGGAACUUGCACAUUCAAGGACACCCUCGAGCACAACAGAGUGUGAGCUGCGGGAGCUGCAAGAGGAGUUCACUCGGCGCCUCGCCACUGCUGACAGAACCAUCACAAGCCUCAAGGAGAAGAAUGAGGCGCUGCGAUCAGCGGCCUCUGCUGCAAGCAAGGGGGGCAGCGUGAAUGAGGCCCGGCUGCAGGACAGGGAGAACUACAUAUCCAGCCUGCAGGCGGAGGGUGAGACGCUGGCGCGCAAGAAUGGGGAGCUAGAGGCGACUGUACGGAAGCUGCGCACAAGCACGCGGCAGCUGGAGACAGAGCGGGAUCGCACUGCCGGCCGCCUGGCAGCGCUGGAGGCCAGCCUGGCCUCAGAGCAGGAGCGCGCAAUCCAGGCCACCCAGGCCGCCGCUGUGCAGAUGGAGGAGAUGGACGCAGAGAUGGCGGCUGUGAGGCAGCAGGCGGCCAGCCAGGUGGCAGCUGCCAAGAAAGAGGCAGCUGUCGCCCGCGAGGCGGCUGCCACGGAAGCUGCACGCAACGGCGCUGCCCAUGUGGCUUGCGCUGUGGAGCGCGAAACUGCACUCAGCGCCAACCUUGCAGACCUUCGUGCAGAAUAUGAGGCGGCUUCUUCUGCCUGGUUCACGCGGGAGGAGGGGCUGCGAAGAGAGAUUGCCCGCCUGGAGGACAGAAUCCAUGACCUGGAAGAGGAGAAGGGGGAGCUGGUGGCUUCCACAUCCGACAACACCCGGCCCCUGAUCAGGCAGAUAGAGUCGAUGGCGGCGUCAUCAGCGGCGCAGCAGGCGGCGCAUGCGGCGGCUGAGCGGCAGCUGGUGGAGCGCCUGAGGGAAGCUGAGGAAGCCGCUCGUGCGGCUACAGACUCAGAACGCACCCUCAAGGGGCGGCUAGCAACGGCAGAGGCCGCAUUGGCGGCUGCAAAGUCCGGGCUGGAAGCAUCGACGUCGCAGGCGGCUGAGCUGCGGGCGCGGCUGGAGGCGGAAAAGAAGCGCUCGGCCGGGCUUGCAACAGAAAGGGACAAUGCAGAAGAGCGGCUGGGCGCAGCAAAACGGCGGGAAGAGGCCGUAAGGCAAAAGGCGGACAGUGACAGGCGGGAGGCGCAGGAGCGGGCCUGGGAAGCCGAAGGCAGGGUGCGGAAUCUGGAAGCGGACGUGCUGCACUGGCAGGAGAAAUACCAGCAGAGCCUGCGCAAGGCACAUUCCCCCUCCCGGGCCAAUCUCCCAGUCUCGCGCGCAUCUUCACACUCAGGGCCGCUGACAGAUGUAGUGCCCUCCAGUCCAGAGCACAGCAGAGGCGUUGUCAUCGCUGCGGAUGAGAGCCCUCCGGUAGAGCAUGAUGACCUCGAUGGCUUAAUUGGGGCGCCAGCCAGCCCGCGGACAGCAUCGCAGCUUCUGACGCGGCUGCGCAGCGGUGCCGGCGCCGGGCCGGCCGGGGGCGUGGCCGACGCGCACCGGGUGAUCUUUCUGGAGAAGCGCGUCGCGGCCGCCGAAGCGGCGGCUGACGGCGCGCGUGAAGAGCUGCUGCGCGCAUGCGAACGGGCCGAGGCCGCCGCCGCGGCCGUCGCGCAAUGCGAUCAGCUUGAGCGAGAACUGAAGGAGGCGCGGGCGCGGUAUGACAUGGCGCUGGAGCUGUUGGGGGAGCGCAACGAGCAUGUGGACAAGCUUGAGGAUGAUAUCAGAGAAAUGAAGGACAUCUUCCACACUCAGCUCUCCCUCAUGGCCGACCAACUCACUCGCGCCCAGCAGCCGCCUGCCGACACUAGUGACGUCACUGAUUGA